GUGUCCGGAAUAUAGGCUUUGUUACAAAUAUUCGGGGUUUUAUUUCUAAUGGACUGUCCACACUGGCGAUGGAGUAAAUAUCGUGGUUGUGAUGCUGUUUAUUUCCUCAUAUGAAAAUAGCGUAUUUUUCGAUAAAGGAUGACAAAGAGACAUGGAUACAAAGACUGGAGAUGGCAGUGGCUUUGGUGGCAUCAUUUCUUUCUCUUGUGGAGUACAAUUGUCGGACAGACUCGUUACAGCAUCCCAGAGGAACUGAAACAGGGGUCUGUAGUGGGAAAUCUAGCCAAGGAUCUGGGUCUGGGAUUGACAGACAUUUUUGAUCGAAAGCUGCGCGUUGCCUCCGAGGCUGAACAGCAGUAUUUCAGCCUGGAUGCGGGAAAGGGUGAGCUGGUGGUGAAUGACAGAAUAGACAGAGAAGCUUUAUGUGGACAAAGCGCAACCUGUGUGUUACCUCUGCAAGUAGUGGUAGAAAACCCGCUACACCUUUAUCGGAUUGAAGUCGAAAUAAAAGACGUCAAUGAUAAUUCCCCUACCUUUCUCAGUAAGGAAAGAAAUCUGAAAAUUGCAGAGUUAACAGCAGUAGGUGCACGCUACCCUUUAGAGACUGCACAAGACCUAGAUGUGGGAAGUAAUUCACUAAAAUCGUAUAAUCUUAGCAAAGAUGAAUGUUUUAGUUUGAAAAUUAAAGAGCUGGCUAAUGGAAGAAAGGUGCCAGAACUUGUUUUAGAGAAACCGCUGGACAGAGAAAAACAAAAUGUUCACCAUUUAUUAUUGACAGCGUUUGAUGGGGGAAAUCCUGCCAAUACGGGAAUAUUAAAGAUUAUAGUGACCGUGUUAGACAACAAUGACAAUGUCCCUGUCUUUACAAAGGCCUUGUAUAAAGUCUCUGUUCCUGAAAAUAGUAAAGGUGGCUUCAUUUUGGCAAGAGUAGAAGCAACAGACGCAGACGAGGGUGUUAACGGAGAGAUUGAAUACGCAUUUGCUGAGCAUACAUCUGAAAAAAUAUUGUCCAUUUUUCAGAUAAACUCUGUAACAGGAGAGAUUUUAGUGACAGGGGAGUUAGAUUUUGAAAAUGUUGCAACACAUGAAAUAGAUAUUACGGCAAAAGAUAAAGGCGUUCCUGAAAUGGAAGGUCAUUGUCGUGUCCAAGUUGAAGUAAUAGACAUAAACGAUAAUGCACCAGAAAUUGUUCUCACCUCAAAACCCAGCCAGGUACCUGAAGACGCACCGAGUGGCACUGUAGUAGCUUUGCUCACUGCUCGAGAUCUGGACUCGGGUGAGAAUGGUAAGGUGACAUUACAACUUCCAAAAGGUUCUCCUUUUACUCUCAAGCCUUCGUUUUCUAACAAUUAUGCACUAGUAACAAAGAGUAGUUUGGACAGAGAAAAAUUCCCAAGUUACAGUAUUGAGAUAACAGUCACUGAUUCUGGUUCUCCUCCUCUGAGCACUAAGAAAACCAUAAAUGUUAUAAUUACUGACGUGAAUGACAACCCACCUGUAUUCACUGAGCGUAUCUAUAAUGUAUAUUUAAAAGAGAAUGGUCUGCCAGGUUCUAUAUUGUACUCAGUUUCAGCAUCUGAUCUGGAUUUUGGUGAAAACGCUAAAAUCUCUUAUUCUAUCCUGGACUCUAAAGUGCAGGACGUGUCAGUUUCAUCUUAUGUUUACAUUAACUCAGAUAACGGUAGCAUCUACAGCAUGCACUCCUUUGACUAUGAGAAACUCAAGGUGUUUCAGAUUCAGGUCCAGGCAAAGGAUCAGGGUUCUCCGUCUCUCAGCACCAACGCCACUGUCCAUGUUUUCAUCCUGGACCAGAACGAUAAUGCCCCCGCUGUUAUUUACCCCUCCUCCGCUGCCCUGGGCUCCCUCUCUCAUCAGAGGAUGCCCCGCUCCGCUAAAGCGGGUCACCUGGUCACUAAGGUGACGGCUGUGGACGCGGACUCGGGCCAUAACGCCUGGAUCUCCUACAAACUGGCGGAGGCCACAGACGCCUCUCUGUUCACUGUCAAUCUGUACACAGGGGAGGUGAGGACUAAACGCGCUGUGUCCGAGCAGGACGACUCCUCUCAGAGGCUGCUUAUAGAGAUCAAGGACGAUGGGGAACCGGUCCAGUCCGCCACCGUCACCGUGUCCAUCCUGAUGGAGGACGCUCUCCAUGAGCCCAUCUUGGACAUCAGACACAAAGUCACUGAGCCCAGCAAGAAAACUGGGAGAAUCACCCUUUAUUUGAUUCUGUCUCUGGCCUCAGUGUCCGUGCUGUCUCUGGUGACUUUUCUCAUCUUAGCGGUGAAAUGUAUCAGAAACAGCAGAAGCAGCGGUAGUUGCUGCAUGAGACGGACCGACUGUGAUGAUUACAAGAACCCCAACAGGAACCUGCAGAUUCAGCUCAACACUGAUGGACCUAUAAAGUAUGUGGAGGUCCUGGGAGGAGACAUGUUGUCUCAGAGUCAGUCGUUCAGGUCCUGUAUGUCUCCGAUGUCAGAGUACAGUGAUUUCACUCUGAUCAAACCCAGCAGCACCACUGACUUUAAGGAAGUGAUCAGUGUCCUGGAUGCGUCUUUACCCGACAGCACCUGGACCUUUGAGAGUCAACAGGUAAGCUGAAAAUCGCAAUAUCUUGUGAUAUUGCGUCAGCAACACUGGACUUUUGUUUUGUCUUCACA